ACAACAUCCAUGGCUCGGAAUCAAAAAUCCGAGGCGGAGAUAGGGAGGGUUGCUAGCUCGACGCGCUAACCAUCGAGCUACCGAGACUCCCUGGCCUCAACUAGUUACUAUGCUGCCACAAUUUCAUUGGAUUGUGCAUCUUCAAAAGUUAUCAAAGAUUAACUGGUUUUCAGUGACAUUCUCUAUGGACUUGUAUCUCUGGAACAGGGCAGUUUUUCGAGUAUCGUCAAAGAAUAAAGUAAUUCUAAUAUAGUGCAAAGAAUCACGCGUUCAAUUUAUACUCCAUGUAAUGUUUAGACUUUUUCAAGCAGAAUCUCUCUUCCACCCCCGCCAAUUUUUAGCGUUACGUACAAGUUACGUAACAUUUAAAAUUUACAUGUUUCAUAUUAUUCAAAGGCACCUGAUGAGUUUUCAACAUGUGGUGUUUUACUGGAGGUGGGAAAUAUUUCAACCAUUGGAGCUGAGUCUUUUACCCCUUUUAUAAAAGAUUUUGUUCAUUUCUUUAUGGCCUAUAGCGUUACAACUACCGUUGUGGUUACAACCACCGACGAUAACAACCAAUUUUUACAUAUAUAUUUUUUUAUAUACAGGGUGAUCCAAAGUCCUGAAACGAAAUUUGGGAUUAUUCGCGGUAUAUGGUGAAAGUAAAAUAUAGAUGCUCAGGACUUUCCCCUGCUAUUCACUGGUCAAGACGAUUUUCCCAAUAGAACCCUAUACUUUUGACAUCUGAAAAUGGUACGUUUUGAUAUGUCAUUGGGUGAAUAUUAUCUUGAUCUUGAACGUCCCUGGUUAAAGGCAUGUCUAAAAGUACAAUUUCUUACUCUAUCCAUCUCCGGGAUUAAACGUAGAGGAUACCAUGCAAAAAAUUGUCUGGACCUUGAUUGACCAAGCUCGUGGUCAAGGUCAGUUUCAAGUGCACCAGUGAAUAGCCAGGCGAAUUGAAGCCCCUAAUAUAUUCAAGUCCUUAUUUUUGCUUCAACUUUAGAAACAUCCUUGAAUUUUUAUCAAAAAACAUUUUUAUGGUUACCUUGACAAGGACGCUUAAGCUUAAUAAUUUUCACCCGAGGUCAUAUCUGAAUGUGAAAUUUUCCGCAAUAUCCUUGUCCGGGGUCAAAAGUAAACGGUCCAGUUUAUAAAAUCCUGAUGACCUUUAUUUGAUCUUUAAGCUCAUGCUCAAGGUCAAAUUGAAAUUAAUAAGUAAAUAGCCAGGAAACAUGUUCAGCGAUUACUAUUUUACUUUUAUUAUACCCUUUAAAUAUUCUCUAAUAUUUGCCAUUGCGGGACGUUUGUAUCACCCUAUAUAAUAAUAGUAAAUAUAUUCUAUACCCCGUAAUGAUUACAGUAUCAAGAUGCCAAAGUGGUCACGAAUGGAGUACCGCGCAAUACUACGCUACAAUUUCGAAAGAAGAUUGACUGUUGAGCAGUGCAUGGACGAAAUGGAGCCAAUUUUUGGUGACGAUUGUCCCUCAAGAGCCACCGUGUUUAGAUGGUACAAGCAGUUCCAACGAGGGGUGUUCGACCUGGAAGACGAGCCACGAUCAGGCCGACCAGCGGACGUCGUAAACAAGGAUAUGGCCAACGCUUUGGAGGAGUUGAUCAAGAAUGACCGUCGGAUCACCUACAGGCAGAUUGAGGUUCUCUUGAAGAUUGGUUCACAGUCGGUCAACACUAUUUUACAUGAUCACAUUUUUUUCAGAAAGGUAUGCGGCUUAUGGGUGCCCCAAAAACUGACAGACGAACAGAAAGAAGAGAGAGUGAAAUGGUGCAAGAGCAUGUUGAAGAAAUUCGAAAACGGCACCUCGAAUGACGUAUAUUCUAUUGUGACGGGCGACGAGCUGAGUUUAUACUCUUACGACGUCCCUAUGAGGGGACAACACCAAAAAGUUUGGUCCUUCGAAGAGGACAUCCCUACAACUGUUAAGUUGCAGGCAAGAACGUUGAAGAACAACACGAUAGUAGUGUUUUUUGGAAAGAGGGGCAUUAUAGAAAGGGUUAUUAUGUAUGAGAAAGAGAAAAAAGACAAAGAUACUUGGUAUUUGGAGAAGUGCCUGCCCCAAGUGGUUAACUCGUUGAAAAAUAUGCGACCAAAAUCUACUUUAGAUUUCUGGCAGUUCCAUCACAAUAAUCCUCCAGCAUUUCUAUCAGAAAAAGUGCAAGAGUAUCUGAAAAGCACCGGCCUCUCCUUGCUAGAACAUCCCCCUAACAGCCCCGAUCUAUCCCCCUGUGACUGCGGGCUGUUUCCCCUCAUCAACCGAACCCUCAAGGGGCACCAGUUCGAAGACGAUGAGGAACUGAUUAAUGCUUGGGACCAGGCUUGCGCAGAAAUCACCAUGGAUCAGUGGAAUCAAAUCUUCGAUAAUUGGUUUCAGAGAAUGACCAAGUGCAUAGAAAUGGAAGGGGAGUAUAUCGAGAAGAUAUAGAUGGAGCUGUUUGUAAAUGCGUGUACCUUGUUUAGUUUAGUGAAAAACAUUCCUAAGAAAUAGCAUGUAAUAUUUGUAGGAGAAAGAAUGUUUCAAUUUUCAGUAUUAAAUCUUUAUUCAACUUA